AUGAAUUUGAGAACCUUGUUUACGAAAAAGAAGGUGCACAGAAGUAUAGAACUGGAGGCACCACAUCUUCAACUGUUUUGUUAUGUGUGGUUAUGUGGUUUCAGAAGAGUGGGUUUUACUGCACAGAGGACGGAUGAGAUUGCAGUUAAAAGGGCAGCAUCGGUAGAAGGCCUAAAGCUUGAGAGGGGAACGAAGAGGACAGAGAGGCAUGUUGAACAGAGAGACCAAGCUGAAGCUAAUGCUGAAUUAAGCGCAUAGAAGGAAUUUGAACUCAGGGAAGGUAACCCUCAAGUCUCAACCAUCACCUAAUUCAGGAAUCCAUUUUUGGGUGGCUUCAGGGCCAAGUGGUAUGGUAGAAGUAAAGAUCCAACUGUGAGAUUGAGUAUCCUUAAAACAUGUCGCAGUUGAUUGCCCAUGUUGAUGAUCCCUCCUACUGAUGAUAACAGUAAAGAAAAACAAAGG